AUGCAGAUUAAAAUCAAACACUCUCUGUUUGUGCUCCAAGACAGCUACAGCCCAGGUGAUGGAGUGUUACAUGUAGGUGCGAUAUUUGAGGAGAACGCCGUGCGGGACGACGAGGUGUUCCAGCUGGCCGUGUCGGACCUCGGUCUGAGUGACGACGUCCUGCACAGCGAGAAGAUCACCCACUCCAUUAAACUCAUCGAGCCCAACAACCCGUUCCAGGCGGUGCAGGAAGCCUGCGAGCUCAUGAACCAGGGCAUCUUGGCGUUGGUGACGUCCACCGGCUGCGCCUCAGCCAGCGCCCUGCAGUCUCUGACGGACGCCAUGCACAUCCCGCACCUGUACAUCCAGAGGAACGGCGACGGCUCUCCCAGGACGGCCUGCCAGUUCAACCCGAGCCCCGGCGGGCAGCGCUACACGCUGGCCGCCCGGCCGCCCGUACGCCUCAACGACGUCAUGCUGACGCUGGUGGAGGAGCUGCGCUGGCAGAAGUUCAUCGUCUUCUACGACGUCGAAUACGACAUCCGCGGCCUGCAGGGCUUCCUGGACCAGACGUCCCGUCAGGGGGUGGACGUGGCUCUGCAGAGGGUGGACAGGAACAUCAGCAAGGUCUUCACCAACCUCUUCACCACCAUGAGGACCGAGGAGCUCAACCGGUACCGGGACACGUUACGCCGAGCCUUCGUGCUGCUCAGCCCCCAGGGAGCGCACGUCUUCAUCCAACAGGCGGUGGAAACCAACUUGGCCUCCAAAGACAGCCACUGGGUGUUUGUGAACGAGGAAAUCGGCGACACAGACAUUCUGGAGCUGACCCACAGUGCUCUGGGGCGCAUGACGGUGAUCCGGCAGAUCUUCCCGCUGUGGAAGGACAGUCAGAGCCGCUGCAUGAGGCAGAACCACCGGAUCUCCUCGCUGCUGUGUGACCCGCAGGAAGGAUACCUGCAGAACCUGGAGGUGUCCAACCUCUACCUGUACGACAGCGUGCUGAUGCUGGCCAACGCCUUCUACAGGAAGCUGGAGGACAGGAAGUGGCACAGUAUGGCCAGUCUGAACUGCAUCAGGAAGUCCACCAAGCCGUGGAACGGAGGCUGGUCCAUGCUGGAGACCAUCCAGAAGGUAAGAGGUCAAACUUUGAUUGUCUGCUCUGAAAAGAGACACAAUAUUUACACUGCAGAGAAUAUCUUAGGGACAACACUUGCGACAACAGCAGGACGCUGUUACAGGAAACUGGCCACCUGGGACUCGGUCCACGGACUGAACGGCAGCCUGAAGGAGAGCCGGAUAGAGAACGGCAUGCAGGGAGUGACGGUUAAAGUGGUCACCUUACUGGAGGAUCCCUUCGUCAUGGUGGCAGAGAACAUCCUCGGGCAGCCCAAGAGGUAUAAAGGAUUCUCCAUCGACGUCCUGGACGCCCUCGCCAAAAUCCUGGGCUUCAAAUACGAGAUCUACCAGGUAACAGACAGUAAAUAUGGCUCCCAGCUUCCCAACGGCUCGUGGAAUGGAAUGAUCGGUGAUCUCAUCAACAAGAGAGCCGACCUUGCCGUGUCAGCCAUCACCAUCACGCCGGAGAGGGAGAACGUGGUGGACUUCAGCAAGCGUUACCUGGACUACAGCGUGGGCAUCCUGCUGAGGAAACCCGAGGAGAAGAUCAACAUCUUCUCCCUGUUCGCCCCGUUCGACCUGGCCGUCUGGGCCUGCAUCGCCGCUGCCAUCCCCGUGGUGGGAGUUCUCAUCUUCCUGCUCAACAGGCUGCAGGCGCUGCGCUCCUCUUCCUCCCUUAAUGCACCAGGACCGCUAUCCAACGGGGUGGGUCCGGGCACGCUGCACAGUGCCAUCUGGAUCGUUUAUGGAGCAUUUGUGCAGCAAGGAGGGGACGGCGUGGUCGGCUCUGUGGCUCUGAGGAUCGUCAUGGGCAGCUGGUGGCUCUUCACGCUCAUCGUGUGCUCGUCCUACACUGCCAACCUCGCGGCGUACCUCACCGUGUCACGCAUGGAUCACGCCAUACGGUCCUUCCAGGACCUGGCGAGGCAGAUCGACGUGGACUACGGCACGGUGCGGGACUCUGCCGUGUACGACUACUUCAUGAACAAAGGCACCAACCCUUUGGAGCAGGACAGCACCUACGCCGAGCUGUGGAGAACCAUCAGCAGGAACAACGGCAUGGACUACUCCGUGUCCAGCCCGUCCGAGGGCAUCCGCAAGGCCAAGAAGAGUCCCUACGCCUUCCUGUGGGACAUGGCGGUGCUGGAGUACGCAGCGCUGACGGACGACGACUGCACCGUCACGGUGACAGGAAACAGCAUGAGCAGCAAGGGCUACGGCAUCGCCAUGCAGCACGGCAGCCCCUACAGAGACCUGUUCUCCCAGAAGAUCUUGGAGCUGCAGGAGAAGGGCGACCUGGACAUCAUGAAGCAGAAGUGGUGGCCCCGGACCGGCCGCUGCGACCUCAGCAGCCACGCCAGCACCCAUCCCGACGGCCGCUCCCUCAAGCUGCACAGCUUCGCCGGCAUCUUCUGCAUCCUGGCCGCCGGCCUGCUGCUGGCCUGCCUGGUGGCCGGGCUGGAGGCGUGGUGGAACAGCAACCGCUGCCGCCAGGAUCAGCCCAAAGAGGACAAGGAGGUGAACCUGGAACAGGUGCAUCGUCGUAUGAACAGUCUUUUGGACGAGGACUUGGUCCACAAGCAGAUCCCCGGCCCCUCUAUCGAGAUCUCUGCGCUGGACAUCGGCAGCAUGCAGCCCAGCCAGGCGUCCCUGGUGCCCGGCCCGGAGUCCAGGCGGGACUACCCGCCCUCGGGCCUCGCUGUGACCACCUACCUGCCCGGGGAGGGGGGGCCACCUCCCCCGCUUCCCCAUCCUCACCAUGGGGGGACCCUAGGCAGGACACUGCCCCCAUCCCAGGUCCCUGGCAGCACCACGUUGCCCCCGCACCACCCGCUCAGCAGCACCAUGCAAUGCAAACACAGGGCCCCCAACGGGGGGCUGUUCCGGCAGAGUCCUGGCAAGAUGCCAAUGUCCUACCAGGCAGUCUCCGGAGGACCCAGACCCGAAGCCAUUGAUCCCUCCCACAGUACGUCCAUAUAG